AUGAAUUCUGAAACUUUAUGGAUUGAUGGAAGAUGGAUAAAAGAUUCUACUGAUCGUACUUUAAUGUUUCGUGGUAUAAAUUUAUCUGGUGCUUCUAAAAAUCCUCCAAAUAUACCUUCGCAUGAACUUCAAGGUUUUUUUGACCAUAGAAAUAUUAGUUUCGUCGGGAGACCCUUUCCCUUAGAAGAAGCGGAUCAACACUUUUUACGUUUAAAACAUUGGGGUUUUAAUUUUUUGAGAUUUAUUGUUACUUGGGAAGCUCUUGAACAUCAAGGACCUGGUAUAUAUGAUGUCGAAUUUAUUGAUUAUAUCAUAAAAGUUCUUAAAAAGGCAAAGGAACAUGGUUUCAAAUGUUUUAUUGAUCCUCAUCAGGAUGUGUGGUCUAGGUUUUCUGGUGGUUCAGGGGCACCUGGAUGGACACUUGAUCUUGCAGGUUUUGAUAUGAAAAAAUUUUCUGUCACUGAUGCCGCAAUUGUACACAACACUUAUCAUGAUCCAAAACAUUAUCCUAAAAUGGUUUGGUCAACAAAUUAUUAUAAACUCGCUUCGGCUACAAUGUUUACUUUAUUCUUUGCUGGAAAAUUAUAUGCUGAAAAAUGUAUAGUUGAUGGUAUCAAUAUACAAGAUUAUUUACAAUCUCAUUACCUUAACGCUUAUAAAACAUUGGCAACAAAAAUUGUUGAAUCUGGCCUUCAUGAUUCUUUGGUUAUCGGUUAUGAUACUAUGAAUGAACCAAGUUGGGGUUUUGUUGGUGCUAAAGAUCUUAAUCAUAUCCCUAAUCAUCAAGAAUAUAGACGUGGAAGAACUCCUACCCCUUUUCAAGCAAUGUUAUUAGGUGAAGGAAAUGCUUGCACUUUACAAGUAUGGGAUGUUACUUGGUAUGGUUUUGGUGUUGUCGGAAGUGAACAUAUAGAUCCAAAAGGUGUAACUGCAUGGAGUGAUAAUGGUUCUAAUGAAUAUCCAUGGAACAAAUCUUCCGAUUUUCCUAAAGGUUGUAUAUGGGCUGCCCAUGGUGUAUGGGACAAAGAAACAAAAACAAUAUUAUGUCCCGAUUAUUUUUCGAAAAAUCCUAAUACUGGUGACCCAAUAGAUUGGAAUCAAGAAUGUUAUAAACCUUUUAUUACUCAAUAUGCUGAAUGUAUUAGAUCUAUACAUAAAGAUGCUAUUGUGUUCAUUCAACCUCCAGUUCUUGAAUUACCACCAGAUAUGUUUAAUGGCCCAAAUCCUCUAAAACGCAUUAUGUAUUCUCCACAUUGGUAUGAUGGAUUAACUUUAAUACAAAAACAGUUUAAUUGGUACAACGUUGAUGUUUUGGGUAUAAAAAGAGGUAUAUAUCCUACAUAUCUUAGUGCUAUUAAAAUAGGUAAUAAGGCUAUUAGGAAAAAUUUUUCGGAACAAAUUGGAAUGAUUUUAAAUGAACGUGUUAGUUUAGUUGGUGAUGUGCCAUCUGUAAUAGGAGAGAUAGGCAUACCAUAUGACAUGGAUAAUCAUAAAGCUUACGAAACUGGUGAUUAUAAACAACAAAUCAAGGCAAUGGAUGCAAAUCUACAAGCACUUGAAAAUAAUCUUGCAAAUUACACUUUAUGGACUUAUGUUCCAGAUAAUAAUAAUGAAUGGGGUGAUCAAUGGAAUGGUGAAGAUCUUAGUAUCUAUUCAACUUCUUUAGAAAAUAGUAAUCUUGAAAAGAUUCAUUCAAUGAUGUCAACACCAGAUUCGAAUCAAACUUUAGAUUUAGGUGGAAGAGCAUUAGAAGCUUUAUUACGACCGUUUCCCCUUAAAACUAAUGGUAUACCAUUAAAAAUAUCAUUUGAUCCACAUAAAAAAGUAUUCAAGUAUAGGUUUAAAAACGAUAAAUCCAAUCCCGAAAAAAAUGCGCCAACAGAAAUUUACUUACCUAAAUUUCAUUAUCCUGAAGCAGAUGACUUUUCUAUCACUUUCUUUAGCGGAUAUGCUGAUUUUCAAAGAGAGAAACAGUUAUUGUUAUAUUGGCAUGAUAUUGGUGAUCCUGCGGAUGAUAGGAGUAAUAAUCCUAAUUUCGGAAUUCAUGAAGUUACGGUUGAAUUCAAGAAACCACUUAUGGGUGAAGAAAGAAUUUGGGAUGAUUGUUGUUAA